CAGAGAUCUGCCAGAGCUCUUGGGGUGGGUUUGGUGUGUGUGACCCAGAGCUCAGUGUUGCCACGCUUUGCCUGCAGCAGGUUCAGUUCCCCACUGAGACGUGAAUUCUCUUUCACCCAUCCUGGUGUCUUUGAAAGCUGAUGAGCCACACGAGGAGGAAGACACCACAUGGGGAGUGGGGUCACACGGAAUAUUUGGCUGUACAAAUUUGCACUUGAUCCAUUAUUACAGAAUGACAAAUGGACUGUGGAUAAAAAGAAGCUUCAGCAAACUUUGUAUUGCAAGGUUAUUCUCAAAUUCUGGGGGUUUUGUUUUGAAGAAAAUGUGGUUUACAAGGAAGUGAGCAUGUCCAUUUUGGAUGUUUUAGCAGCUGUUUGUGUAGCUUGUUCACCUACUAUAAGUGAUAGGUGAAGUGAGUGCAAUUGAUACAGAAAAGAUGAGGCAAAUGAUGGUAAAAGCAAACAAGUGUUUUCAGUAAAAUGUUUUCAGUGUUUACUCUGAUUUGCUGUAGGUUAUUAUAAAUGCAGUGUAUAGCAUGCUGUGUAGUCACUGCCAGGUAAAAAGCUGAGGAAGUUUCAGAUAAGCAUGAUGUUUAGGUUUUUUAGAAGAAAGCACAGAAUGAAAUAAAGCAGCUGCUUAUGAGAAAUUGAAAGGAGAGGGUGUAGUUCUGAACAGGGCUUUUUCACCCAAAUGGAAUAGAUUACACAGACUGUUUGGCUAAUGUGUAUUCUUAAAUGUAUUCUAUACUUAAAGAUCACAUUUAAAUUUUUAGGUCCACACUUCAGCUUGGGUUUGAUGUAUAAAACUUUUGAUUUUCUAAUUUAAUGUGACCACUGAAGAUUGUUGGUUUUCCUUUAUUAUUCUUACGGAUUCCUUGGCAUUAGGCUUUCUGGGCUUUUUCUUCCAGACUUCCUAAAAUGCUGGUCUUGAGCUUUCUUUUGAAUUCUAGUCCUGCUUUUUGAGAAGGAUUUAAAAUUUUGCUGGUUUAGGAAAGCUAGAACAGUAAGUGUAACUGUUCCUGCCAGCAACAAGAGCUGAAUUUGCUGGACUGCUCUAAAGUCUUUUUAACCUUCGAACUACUCAGCUGUGCAACUUGUUUUAUCCUAUACUGAAUUCUCUUACCUGAUUUUCCUUUUUUUUUUUUUUAAUAAAUUUAUGAUCAUUUUACUCCUAUUAUGCUCCUGAGUAGCUCAAGGACUUUUUCUCAAGCUCGAGAAAUUACUGAGGCUGAACUAUACAGGCCAUCUCCCUGCAAUCCUGCCCUUCUCCUGUUGGCUAAAUGUUUUUCAGCUGUUGGGCCUUCUUCAACAAGGGUGUUUCUGCUGCACUGAAGGAGCCUUUCUUCUUCUCCAUGUGUGAAAUCUCCUCUCUGUAAGUACAGCUGAUGUAGUUCUUCAGUUCAAGGAGCCACAUUUGGGAGUGAAGAUGCCAAGGUCCCUGGAUGCACUGAGGUAAUGAUAUUUGUCUGAAGAACCAUCCCUAAAGGUACUCAGAGCAAGAACUUCAAAUCCUUACAAACAGAGGUAUUCACUGAGUAACGAAUGCAUCUCUUGGAGCUCGGCCAUGUCAUCUUGUGGAAUUAUCAAGAGAAAGUAUUGCAGUAAAACUGCACUUAGCCAUGGCCUGGAGUAGAUUCCUUUAUUUUGGUCUAAUCCUGGUGGUAAGAGCUUGAAAUUCAAGCCUGGGCAAGAUCCAGCUUACCGAGCUGCAGAUCAAAUGUAAACACUGCAUCUGCCUUCAGGAUUUACUGGGUACAACUUGCUUGUGAAAUCUGUGUUCCCAGGUGCCUUUCUGAUGUGCCAGACAAAGAAAUGGCAGCUGCUGUGCUGAAGUUAGGUUGCUCUGGUAUGGCUUUGGUUUGGGUUUUCCCUGUGAAGCCAUAGGGACAGGAAUGUCUGGUGCCUAAAGCAAACUUUACGGUGAGGUCUGUGACCAAGUGGGGUGAGGCUUUCUUUCUCCUUAUAUAUAUAUAUAUAUAUAUUUUUUUUUUUUUUUUUUUUUUUUACCUUGACAGUAAUUGAUUAAAAACCAAAUCCUUUUUGACUACUGAAAAGCCAGACUCUUAAGACUUUCAGGCAAAUAGCAAAACCAUUUUUGUUCCAAAGGAGAUGGAAAAAUGAAUUAUUUUGAAUUGCCUGUGGAGAGUAAUUUGUGGAGAGCUGAUAUCCUUUCUGUGCUGCUCCUGGGCACUGUCUUUGCACACAGAUGUCUUCCAGUGUUAGGGUGAAAGUGUUGUUAAACUGUACAGCACUGGGGUUUGGCUGUUUCACUUCCUGGCACAGGGAUUAUAUAAUCCAUGUGUAGUUAAGACCAUUGAGAAUUUCUCUCUCUAGGCAAGGACUAGUGUUUUACUAAGAAUUAAUUUUGUUGAACACAGCUGUCAUUAGUGGCUUCUGCCCACUGUCUGACAAAUGCUGUAGCAUUUUUUCCAAAAGCUAAUAAUGUUCCCUUCCACAGCAAAAAUAGCAGAUCAAGGAAGAUACCAAGUACCUCCUUAAUUUUAUUAUGUGCUAGGGUUUGUCAGUUGUUGUAUCUUGGUUUUGUUUUGUUGGUUUUUUUUCUUAAUUGGAGUGAGAUUUUUUCAUGAAUAAUGAAAUUAAUGUCUUUUGCAGCCAAAAUAAACACCAUAUGGUCAGGGAGAAAGGGACCAGGAAAAGAUGAGGAAGGCACAGCAGCUGAAGCUGAUAGGAGACAAAAUGGACUGAAGGAAACAGGGGCCAGAUGAAAGAGCCAUGUAAAAAAAAGAAUUCACCAGCCCCUGUGACUGAAUUUGAGCGAUAAUGUCAAUGGAAUUAACACAUUGCCAUUGUUGAAUGGGCUCCUGUGGCUAUAUAAACAUCAAGAUUUGCUGGCACUGUCUCACCUAAUGCAAGACAGGACUAGCUAAUGAGGAUGUGGCACAGAAGUAGUUUGGAACUCCCUGGGUCACAAAAUCUGUGAAGAUGGCUGCACUGCAGGAAGGCAAAGCUGUUCAUGCAGCCCCAGCCAUUGCUGCAGAUCCUUCCUCUCUUUGUCCCUUUGGACAUCAAAGGCUCGCAAGGGGACAACCCUGGCGGGAAGCUCCUCCCUGCUCAUUAGCCUCCAUAAAACAGGAACUCACCUUGGCUAGCUGUGCUUGGAGUCCCAUCCUCAUCCUGCUCACUCUUGACACUGGAUCUCGGAAGGAAGGGCUUGUGCUUGCUUCAGGAAAUCAGACCUGCUUUUGAACUGGACUAUUUUGGCUCCCCUUGUAAGAACUCUGGUGGCUCUCUUGGCCCUGCAAGCUCCUCGACGUCACGGUACAUGGAAAAAUGCAAGCUUUACCAGACGUGAAAGCCCCGUGUGAGGCCCUUCCUUCCCCCAGCCUGGAGCCCUUCCCACAGAGCUCCAUCGUGGUCACUCUCGAGGACAUGGGGCUCUGGAUGAAGUUUCACCAGAUAGGAACUGAGAUGAUCAUCACCAAAUCUGGCAGACGAAUGUUUCCUCAAUGCAAAAUCAAAGUCUCUGGCUUAAUCCCGUAUGCCAAGUACCUCAUGCUGGUAGAUUUUGUGCCAAUGGAUAACUUCAGGUACAAGUGGAAUAAAGAUCAGUGGGAAGUUGCUGGAAAAGCAGAGCCCCAGCUCCCUUGUCGCACCUAUGUCCACCCAGAUUCCCCAGCUCCUGGCAGCCACUGGAUGAAAGAACCUGUCUCCUUCCAAAAACUGAAGCUCACUAACAACACUCUGGAUCAACAUGGGCAUAUCAUCCUGCACUCCAUGCACCGGUACAAGCCGCGCUUUCACAUCGUGCAGGCCGAUGACCUCUUCAGUGUCCGCUGGAGCAUCUUCCAGGUGUUCAGCUUCCCUGAGACUGUCUUCACCUCUGUCACUGCCUACCAGAACGAGCAGAUUACAAAGCUCAAGAUUGACAACAAUCCAUUUGCUAAAGGUUUCCGUGAACAUGGGAAGAACACUCGAAGGGAAGGACGAGCCAAAUGCCAGAAGCCCAGUCCAGCCAAGAGCCAGAAGAGGAAGCUGCCUGAGGAAAAGGAGCCUGCUGCUGAGGAACGUGAUUUUGAGAAGGAUGAGAAUGUAGACGUGAAGGAAGAGAGCAACCCUGUGGUGGUGAGCAGUGGAUAUCCCUUCUGGGGCUCGGAGCAGAACAGCAGCCAGGCCUUCCCUGCAGCCUCACCAGUGCCUGCUGACCAGAGGGAGGCUCUGGCCAGAGAGCAGCAGGUGCCAACGCCGUCCUACCACACCUAUCGGUUCCAUGAAGCUGGGGACAGCCAGCAGCUUCCCAGCCGCGAUGCCGCAACCCUGAAUGAUUUCCGGGCAAGGUGCCACGCCUUGGAUCUCGCCAUGGUGCCCGAGCACGACUCCAAACAGCUCCCAGAGGGCUUCACCAACCUGCCCCCGCUGCCCCCACCUCUGCCUCCUCCCCAGGACUACACAGGAGUGGUGAACAUGGCUCUGGACUCUGUGGGGAAAGCCGGGGCCCGGGCGCCCAUGUACAGUCCCUAUGGCACCGAGCAGGGCCUGGGGCAGUGGGUGGUGCCUUCCCACAGCCAGUACAGGGCAAUGAGCUACUCAGCCUUCUCCACGGAGUACAACACACAAGGAACUCCAGGACAUGCCCAUGGCACCAUGGCAGAGUGGAGCCAGUAUCCUCUGUUCCCCUAUGCUUGCUGGUGAAUGGGGAGGACCCUUCUGAGUGAAAAAACUGAAAGAAAAUUGUAAAUGAGAUUGAAUUUACCGUUGGACUUGUGAAGCUUUGCCUACAGUAGGCAGAGGUAUCGCUGCAAGCAGUAGCAUGGGACACCUCCACUUCGUUGUCUCCUUGCACAACAACCUCACCAUAUUUCACAAGCAGUGGUUAAACUGGUGGCUGCCCCAGCCAUGUCAUUGUGGAUCAGGCUCAGUGUUGUUCUGCAGUGUUUUUUUUCCCAGCAGGAGUAGGAAACCACAGGUCUGCAAGAACAGUAUUUAAAGAGCUGCUGAACUCGCAGUCAGUGUUGGCACCUCACAUUUGGCAGUUUCCAACAUCCUUUCCUCCUGGGACUUGGUGCAAGGAGAUAGGGGCUGAGGACUUCCAGUAAGCCAUCCAUGUGGCAAAAAAAAGCUGUAGAAAAUAUUACAGAGACAAGCAAAGCAAGCAAUCUUGGUGAACUCUGAGCAGCUUCCUCAGUUAGUAUAGUCAAAGUAAAGCUAGAGUCUUGCCUUUCUUCCAGCAGCAGAUGAGAGUAAAAUGCACAGCAAGGUGUGUCUGGAGCACAGCAGGGGAGAAUUUGCAGAGUCUGCAGGCAGGGGAGAGUUUGUUCUAUGCAAGAGAAGUAGCAGCAAGGCUGUGUGUGGUGUCUUCCUGUCCCCAUGCCCUUCCCUCCUCUGCCAGCCCUAGAUUUGAGGUCAGUGAAACGCUUUUCAUUCUGUGGAGGUGGAGGGACGUUGUUCAUGGAAUGUGGGGGGCUCCUCUGGGGCCUUCCAAGGCUGUCAGAAGCAGAGCCAUGAACAGCAGUGCUCUAUGUCACUCUCUUCUUCUGUGUUUUCCCUCUUCCUUUAGAGGGAAAGGAAAUUUUCCACUGUGAAUUUACUCCUUCUCCUGCUCCCUGCCACCCCUGGAGAAUAUAAUUUAUAGUUGUGGUUCCUGCGCUGCUCUGUGAGUGUUAAGUGCUCUGUGAAGUUAUCUCGCUGCUGUUUGGGGGUCUGUAGGGAUCUGUCCAUGUUUAGUUAUCAGAGUGGUUCCACUUCCCUCCUCUGUGGUCCCAUCCUGGGCAGUAGCACCUGUGCACUGCCAUGCAAGCAGGGAUUCUUUUUAUCUUCCUGUUAGAAUGGGGAGGCCUCCCUGUUUGCCCAAGUGCAGAUGGCCCUGGCACUGGGGACUUGGUGACACAGACUCAUUGCUUCUCAGGGAGGAUGGACAUGCUCCUAGGUGUUAUUUAGGGAAUGUUUUCGUAUCACACUAAUAGCUGCUGUGUGGCCUGCAGCCACACUGAGGUGUGUCAUUUAGCCUGUGUGCCAGAUGGUUUUCUGUGUGCACACACGUGUGAGAGAGUGUGUGUAUAUGUAGCAGGAUGUUGUUUCUGAGCAGACCUGGGCAGGUUCGUGCCCAGUGCCUCAGGACCCCUGUGCAGGGACACUGGGAAAGGCUGUGCACCAGGUUUUUGGGGCACCAGCUCCUCACUGUGCAUCUGCAUAGCACAGGGAUAUUGAGCCAUGUUGUUACUGUUAAAAUUACUGUGAAAAGUAGCCCUGUAAAUUUGUGGGCUCAACUACAAUGACUGUUUUCUUAUUUAAAUUGUAUACUGCAAACUGCUUUUGUAGCACAAUUAUGAUAUUUACAGAGCAGCUGAGUACUUCCCAUGGGCUUUCUGGGAUUUGAGGAUGUGCAGCAUUGAAAUAAAGGUCAGACUUUGCCACAGUACAUGUACAUAAUGCCCUGUGAGCCUCCCCUCUGAUGGCACCCUGGCCAGUAGUGAUUUGUACCUGCUGUGUAUGACACACAUGUGGAUGUCAGCAACUCACUUAAAAAGGAAUCUGGCUGGGGAAACAAAAUAUGGAGCACAGUUUUUUAAAUGCAAAAAUAUCAUUAUUUCCUGCUGUGCAAAUGCCAGCUGUGUGAAGGCAGGUCAGCUGUAAAAGGCUGUCUCUGGCCAUUAGUAGUUAAUUUUGCCACCACUGUCCUUCACAUCUUGGAAAUGAGAGGAGCAGAAUGACCGGGGAGUUGAGUGAGUGCCUUGAGCAGGGGACCCGAAGGCGGUGCUUUGUGCAUGGGAUCACUGCCAACAGCACACCCGCAAAAGAGAGAGAGAAUGCAUCCCUCACAGGCUACCUGGUUGGAUCUGUUUCUUUAUCUUUGUAGCUGGGAUGUGUUUCCCUGCCACAGAGCGCUAAUGAGGAUGAAAAGCUGCAGUGAGCAUGAGUAACUGAGGACAGCUGGGCAACACUGGGGAAUUCCUGUGAAAAUCCGAGUGCAAUGCUGUUUCUUUCAGACCUUUGCAGUAGCAGUGCAGGUGCUGCUGCCCCCUGGGCCUGUCGGUAGAGCUGGUUUGGCAGACGGCUCUGCACUGGGGUAAAAGACUCAGCUUUGUGCCAUCAAUUACUCAUCAGCCUUCUGUUACAACGGGACUGCUCGCCCUUCUCCAGUGAAUCAUCCAGCUCGCACAAGUACCUAUCCUUUCUCUCUGAUUAGAGACUGCGCUCGGCUUGUUCGGGAAGCCUUUGGAGAUUUUGCCUGUAGGUGUGCUCUGGACUCUGCUCCCGCCCCCUCCCUUUGCAGCUCCCACCGGCUUGUUUUCUUCAGCUGUGGCAUUUCAAGUCUGUUAUGAGCUCGACUGAAAUGCUGGUUUUGCACGCAUGUGAGAUAAUGUAAUGCCUCUGACAGCUUCAAUAAAAGGAAAUGAGACAUGUGGAAGUCAGGCCAUUAAGACUAAUAAAAUAAACUCAAAAGUG